CAGGAUCGUAUGAGAAGUGGAGAAUCAACACCACACUUUUAUUUUGUCUCCUCUUCUCUCAGUCACUCACUUUAUUUCAAGUUUCUAUAUUCUUCUCCUCUCACUUCUUCUCUCUCACGCAACACUACAAAUGCACGAUCCCAUUUUGUCGUUUUCCUUUUUUCUUCUCUUCAUCAUUUUUAUAAUUUCUCUUUUUCUUUAUUCUCUCCCUAAAUCUCUUCUCAAAAACCCGAUAUCCAACUUCACCCGCAACCCGGAAACACCCGACCCGAUACUUCUCUCGCUAACUCAUUCUCAAAUCCGUCAACCCGGCCAAGAUGAAUCAACUCCGAAUCUCGUUUCUGAGACGGCACCUCUGUGUACAGUGCAAUCGACUGCAUUUUCCGAUGAUGACUCGAACCAGUCAAUGGAUUCGGGUCCGUGUGAAUUGAAGAAGAAAAAGAAGAGGAAGAGUAAGAAGAAGAAGAUAAUAGGUUCCGGGACUGAAGAUGAUGAUGACAAGAGGAAUGAUGGCGUGGAGAGAGAAAGUUCGGGUUCUGAUACCCGACCCGAAUCAGGUCGUUUGGACCCGUUUACUUCUUCGAGUAGUGUUAUGCAGAAGAAAAUCAAACCGCAGUAUGAUGAGCUUGUUAAAUGCAACGACUCCAAGAAAUUAACACUCUCACAGGUUGUACAGUUUGCAAAUAGUUUGGUUGCUGCUAGGAGUGAGCUGCAACACAAGGCUGAUGUGACACAACGCAAGUUUGUGAUAACAAAGGCCUUACUAUGCAAAGCAGACAGAUCUUCUAUAAACCGACUUCGACAACAGAUAUACAAGCUUGAAUUAGAGCAAAAACGAUUAGAAGAGGAUGCUUUUGUUUAUAACUGGCUUCAACAACAGCUUAAACUCUCACCAGCAUACAACAAGAUGCUUGAAAUUGGAGUUUCCAUGGAGAAGGAAAAAUCCUGUAAGAUGGGAGAGAAAAGAGAUGAUGAAUUUUCUGAUAUUUCUUUUGAAGAAUUAUUAGCACAAGAAAAGAAGGAUUCGUUUUGGCAAAGAAAUGGGAAAUCAAAAUAAUGGUCAGGCUAAUGACAUUGCUAGUUUAGAAAACUUAAAUUAGAGUGAGUUUAGAAUGUAAAUCAAAAUGUUGUGUUUUGCCAUGGCAAUUCCUCUUUGAUUCUUUUCAUAUGCUAUUUUUUGUGGUUAUAUGAAAUAUAGAUGACACAUGUUUUGAGUUUCUUUAAGAAAUUUGGAUGAAUGUAACAUUUGCUACAAACUAUCAUUUGUUUCAUAUUAUUAAUUUUCGGUAUGUUAUUCUCUAA